AUGACUCGUCAAGAGCGAGCAAUGUCAAGGUCCUAUAUGGAGCAGGGAAGUUCAAACUUGGACCAUAAACCAAGUAUCAAGUUGAUAGUCGAACCACUGGUAUCCAUUAUACGAGAGUUAUUCUAUGGACCCGAGCGAACUCUGGCUGGCAGUGGAUCCACGGCGUCCAUUGACUACGCCACACCACCAGAUGUCGACGUCACAUGGUUAUCACGUGGAAAGAAACCGUUCAAGUUUGACUUACAUCAAAUCUUGGCGCCUUCAAAGGAAAUAUAUGCGCUCGUAUCGGGAGGUCUAGAACCGAUAGGAUAG